AUGUAGAUUUUAACCAUUAUAGGCGUAGUUGUAUCAACUACUUUUGGUGUAUUUUUUAUAAGUGGGUGUGGAGCUUAUCUAACCCAUAAAAAAGUUAUCACAAAAUAACUCACAAGCUAACUUUCUAGUUUAACAGAGCAUUUAUUUAUUCCAACUUUAAUUUUUACCAAUUUUCUAAAGAGUCUCACCCUGGAAAUACUACACCAAUAUAUCCCGUGUAUGAUCAUCACCUUAUUAUGUUUUAUUUUUGGAUAUUUACUUGGUACUCUUAGUAAUAAAUAUUGGAUUAAGGAGAAAGCACUGAAUUCAGUUAUAAUUUUAGCUUCAGCCAACCCGCAAACUACCAAUUUACAAUUAUAACUAUGUUAUGGUCUGAGCAAGUGGUUUGCCAUGAUGACUAAUUAACCUGAAAAAUAAGUUGAAACUACACUUAUCACUACUGUGAUUAUUUAAACCGUUAUCAUGACCUCAAUCAGAUGGACUAUAGGAAGAAGCAUUUUACAAUAAUAGGAGAUGGAACUAGAAAUGACAAAUCUAUCCGAACCAUAGUCUCAAUGUUUGAUGAUGCCUUUAUCAUCGUAAUUGCCAUUUAAGAGUGAAAAUGAUUUUUAAAAGAAGUCAUUUUGGAAUGCUCCUUUGACUGCAGCAGUAGUAUCAAUUGCUUGUAUAUGCGUCCCAAUAGUUUAAACUACCAUUCUGUCCAACCAAUUAAUUUACAAUACAAUAUUUGCACCACUUUAAACAAUAUCAAAAGCCACAUCUCCUAUUAUAUUGCUGAUUCUCGGAAGCAGUCUUUACGAAAUCUACAUGGGAAACUCAGCAAGCUUUGGAAAACAUUAAUCACUAUUAUACAUAGUAUUCAACAGAAUACUAUUGAUGCCAAUAAUUGGUAUGAUUAUAGUAAUAUUUGUACUGAGCCAAAAAAUAAUUGAUGAUAAAUGUUAAUUGUUUAUGCUAUUUCUAACAUUUUGUACUCCAUCAUCAAUUAAUAUACUAUUAUUAGCAAAAUAAUAUCAACAAUCAACUGAAGAAAUAGUGGCUAUUGUUUUAUUACACAGUUAUCUCUUAGCUAUAAUCACAUUGCCUUUAUGGAUGAUCAUAUAUUUGAUCAUAUUCAUUGCAUGA